AUGAGGCUGAUCAACGUUCAGAACUAUGUAUUUCGCCAUGAAUUCAUCGCUUUGCCUCUGGCCAACCAACCGAAUGGCGCUCAGGCCUACCCAAAGUGCCUCAAUAUUGAAAUCACUGGCUCUGGUACCAAGACGCGUUCAGGAACAUUAGGUACAGAGCUGUACAAGGCCGAUGACCCGGGCAUUGCCUUCAAUCCGUACGAACCUUUCACCAAUUACCCCAUGCCCGGCCCAGUCCUGUUUAUUGGCUAG